AUGACCGCCACGUCUACAUUGGAGUCUCAACCAGUCGCAUCAACCUCCUCACAGCAGUCUCUGUAUGAAGCAAGCACCCAGUACCGCCACUGGCGUUUCUCGCCAAAGCAAUUGGUGGACAUGCGAUACGCUCUGAACUCGGAUGCUGUCUCUGCAAUUCGCAAUGCGUUCGAGAACGACUCCCCGGGAUCUUCUGCCAGCGUCGCUUUCCUCAGCGCCCAGGAGGAAUACUUGCUCGUGAAACUAUACGUCGGGAAGGUUUCCCAGCUAUGUGCACAUUUCCGUUUCCCCGAGGAAGUCGAGGCGACAGCAGUAACAUACCUCAAGAGAUUCUACCUUAAGAACACAGUCAUGGACUGGCAUCCAAAGAAUGUCAUGCUCACAGCGCUAUUCCUUGCAACCAAGACAACGAACCAUCCAAUUUCCCUCGAGUCCUAUGCGUCCCAUAUCCCAAAGACAGCACCCUCGGACGUCCUCGACUUGGAGUUCCUUGUCGCACAAAGUUUAGGUUUCGAUUUCGCUGUCUGGCAUCCCCACCGAUCGCUCUGGGGUAUAUGGCUGGAUAUCCAAACGUUGCCGGACGUAUCACUAGGAGAUCUGCAGACGGCAUACGAGGCCGCGACGAAACAUGUCCGAGCAGCCCGGCUCACGGAUGCUGAGUUCAUCUACACCCCUUCCCAGAUCGCCCUAGCUUGUUUCUCCCUCGCAUCGCCCACAUUGGCGUCCGCAUGGGCGCGGGCGAAGUUCCCUUCUUUACCUCAUCCGCCAGUGGCAGAUGUGCUGGGGUCUAUCGAGGCAAUGAUUCUCCGGGAAGGGUCACCGCCCGACGUUGAAGCUGUGCGCGAGGUGGAUAGGCGGCUUAGACUGUGCAAGAACCCGGAGAAGAUCGUCGGGAGUAACGCGUAUAAUAAAAAGUUACAAGAGAAGGAGAAGAAAGCGGAGGAAAAAAGGAUACGCAAAGCGGAGGCAGCUCGCAUAGCUAUGGAAGAAGGUGACCCGUUUGGGAACGAGCUGGCGAAGAAGGCGGUCGAAGAGUUGGACGAUGAUGAUGACGACGACUGACCGGGUGACGGACGGUAUUCUAGGUGGUCCCGCUGAUCAUCUCCGCGUUUCCUGGGUGCAGCGAAGUCUGACAAGGUUCAGCUCGACGUCUUCUGGUAAAGCUAUGUAGUAUCAUCCCGGAUACCGCGAUGCAUCGGUAGUCAGUUUCUGCAAUUGCAUGUGGACGGCAUAACGAGCAAGGUAUGCUUGGCGAGGCGGUGUAAUGGGGCACGAUGAUGCAUUAAC